AUGUCUGCGACUACUCUUUUCAUGCUGGAAGACAACACCCUCUUCCAUGAAGCCUCACUACUGAAUGGCCAAUACGUCCAAGCGCGAGGAGGCCGUCGGUUCGGCAUCGAAGAUCCUGGAUCAGGCCAAACGUUUGCCUUUUGCCCUACAAAUGCGGUCGCAGAUGUCGACGAGUUUGUCACGUCUUCGCAGAAUGCCUUCCUUGAAUACCGCAAGACGAACCCCCGAGAGCGUUCCAAGAUGCUCCUCGAAUGGCACCGUCUGGUUUCGAAUGCCAAAAAAGACAUUGCUAUGCUUGUUGUCUAUGAAACUGGCAAGCCAAUGGCUGAAGCGUUGGGCGAGGUUGAUUACGCGUUGGGCUUUGCCUGGUGGUUUGCCGGUGAAGCCGAACGUGUACGUGGCUCCAUUGCUCAACCUUCCAUUUCCAGCCGUCGGACCUUUGUCAUUAAACAGCCCAUCGGCGUCAGUGUUGCUCUUGUGCCCUGGAAUUUCCCCAUCGCCAUGACGAUCCGGAAGGCUGCAGCAGCACUGGCUGCUGGCUGCACCAUUAUCAUUAAGCCGUCACCGGAGACACCUUUGAGUAUCUUGGCGCUCGCGGAUCUGGCUCUCCGUGCAGGCUUUGCGCCAGGUGUUUUGAAUAUUUUGACAACAGAUAACGCGAACACGCCCACCGUUAGCGAGGCCCUGUGCAAGCAUCCCCUUGUUCGCAAGGUAACCUUCACCGGCAGCACUGCAGUUGGUGAGCUCAUUGCGAGGCACUGCAGUGUUGGUUUAAAGAAGGUCACUCUCGAGCUGGGAGGGAACUGUCCAUUCUUGGUUUUCGACGAUGCUGAUCUCGACCAAGCUCUGGCUGCCUUAAUGGUCCUAAAAUGGCGCACCGCAGGUCAGGCCUGCACCCAUGCGAACCGUGCAUACGUACAGAGUAGCGUGUAUGAAAAGUUCCUGUUAAUGAUUGUGGAAGCAACCAAGCAAAUUCGAGUGGGACACGGUUCUAGCCCAGAAACUACCAUGGGGGCGUUGACAACGGUCCGUGGCAUCGAGAAGAUGGAGAAACACAUAGCCGAUGCUGUUUCGAAAGGUGGAAAGGUUGUCUACGGUGGUGGACGAGUUGAGCCUCUUAAUGGGAAUUUCUUCCAGCCAACUGUUAUCUCCGGGAUGACCUCCUCAAUGUUAACCACUCGAGAGGAGAUAUUCGGUCCUCUUCUGGGCGUGUACAGGUUUGACUCUGAAAAUCAAGCAGUUGAGAUGGCAAACAAUACGAACAUGGGCCUGGCAUCUUAUUUUUUCACAAAGGACGCCAGCCGCACCUGGCGGUUGCUUGAGAGUCUUGAGGCUGGCAUGAUUGGAAUGAACACUGGAAACUCGUCUGCUGCAGAGUCGCCCUUUGGCGGUAUCAAGGCUUCUGGAUAUGGAAAGGAAGCAGGAAAAGAUGUUGCUAUCGAAGAGUAUAUAGUUGCCAAAACCGGCACUUUGACUGUUGAACCUAGCCCAAAACUCUAAAAUGUCAGGCUAUUGGCAUCUCUCACUAAGCACGCCUGAAUUAGUUGCUUCUUUCCCCUUGUUUUUUGUUGUUACGGUUGUUUCGAUCACUGCUUCCUUAUCAG